UAAUCAUCAGGGAGGAGGAGGGGUUACAAGCCCGGUCCCGCGGAACAUCCUGCAAACACAUCCGAGACUCGAACUCAACUCCUGCACAGCUUCCCCCCCCUGCCGUGCCCCCCGCUGUGCACGCCCCCCGGAUGGCUGCGGGUGGUCGGUCUCCAGAUCAGACCCAACAACUCUCCGGUCACAAGUCGAGCAGCUGAGCCGUGGAGCGACUCUGCGGGUCGUUGUCCCCGCUGGACCUAUGUGCUGGGGUCCGGAGUCACGGCGGUGGGACAUCCGGAAUGGGGACGAGGCUCGCCGCUGUGGACCGGAGGAGGAGUACAUUCGGAAGGUUCAUGAACUGCAGGGCGCCAUCCAGCAAGAGAUAUCAGCCCACUGACUAUGAACAUGCUGCAAACUGUGCCACACAUGGGUUGUGGAUCUUGCCGAGUCUGGUGGGCGUGUCGGUGCUCUACUUCCUGUCUGUGGACCAGUGGCAUUGUGUCGCUGCCUGGCUCUAUGGCAGCGGACUCACCGGCCUGUUCGUCACCUCAACACUCUUCCACACGGCUGCAUGGAAAAUUAGCCACCUCCGGCGAGUGGAGCAGCGUUUCCACAUGUGUGACAGAAUGGCCAUCUACUUCUUCAUCGCUGCGUCCUAUUCGCCCUGGUUGAUGCUGAGGGAGCUGGGGCCCUGGACGUGCCACAUGCGCUGGCUGAUCUGGGUCAUGGCCUGUGUGGGAUCCAUGUACGUCUUCUUCUUCCACGAGAGGUACAAGCUGCUGGAGCUGGUGGGAUACGUGGCCAUGGGGGCGGUUCCUGCUGCGGUCAUCCUGUCCAUGGUGGAGCGCUCUGGCGUGUGUGAGCUGGCAGUGGGAGGGGUCUUCUAUGUAGUGGGGGUGGUCUUCUUCAAGAGCGACGGCCUCGUCCCGUUCGCCCACGCCAUCUGGCAUCUCUUUGUCGCAGCUGGAGCAGGAAUUCAUUAUUACGCCAUCUGGAGGUACCUGUACGUGCCCGGGCCGCUGCUGCACACGGCGAGGUGACGGCCCCUCCCGGCUGAGGUCGCAGGGUCCGACAGGAAGUGACACGACCAGGAGAAGAGUGUUCGAGUCAUGAGAUCACUGGGUUUCCUGUCGACCGACAGCUGAGGAUCAGCUCCCCGGGUGGGACCAAAACCCUAGUUACUGUGUAAUUUGGCCAAACUUGUAAAGGCUGAUAAUAAUUUAUAGAAAUAUAUAAUUCAGAUUAAAAAUGUUUUUGAUCACAAGGACCACUUCUACAAGAAAGGAAGAAAAAGUCAAACUGUUUCCUUGACAAAACCUCCUCGGCUUGUAAACUUGUGCCAAAACUGACCAGACACACAUUCCUUAACAGCGGUGCUAGGAGCCAGAUGUAAGCGGAGGAAUCCAGUGACACAGUUGCACUGAUUUUAAUUUCCUCUAACCUAGUUUUGCACAUCUUCAAAAUAGGAAAAUGUAGUCAGCCGAUAAACUUCAAAGUCAAAGUUUACAUUUUCACUUUUUAGGGCUGAUUUAUUGCAUUUGCCUCUGAGAGCAUUUAGAAAUCAAAACUGUAAGGCCAACAUCUUUGCUGCCACUGGUCUUUGAUUGUCACAUUUAAACUGCUAAGUUUUAUCCGAGGGACACAUUAAUAUGAACAAACCUGACGAGAGAAUACAGUUAAAACAGAAGGAAAACGGACGAUAAACAGACCCGUUGUGAUUUUAAAUUUGAUUGUGACCGUACAAAAUCUGUUCUCAUGGUUUUACUGUAAUGUGAUUUGAAGGAUCUAAGAAAUCUGAGUGCUACUGUAACUCUGACAACUGUAUUCUGGGUCAAAUGAUAGUUCAAGGAGGACUAUGAUCAGCAGGAUUCUUUAACGGAUCAUCUUUGUGCACUUUUCUAUCGACAGCCGAGAUGAUUCAAGAAGAAUUUCAUGAAAUCCUCUGAAAAUGAACAGAUUAACACAUGGGGAUUAAAUAUAUGUAGAUUAUAUAUAUAUAUAUAUGCAAAUUUCUACUAUUUUUAUACUUCUUCCAGCACUGUAUAGAUCACAUUUUUAAGGUCUUCCCUAAACUCUAGUAGUUCAGCAGAAUCUGUUUUAUCAGAGCACUUACUCAGGAUUUUAUUUUUUGAAAUCAGAUGAUCUAUUUUGUAAAAUGUUAAGUUUGUGAAAUCACUGUAAUAAAAAAGAAUAAUGAUAUUA